CUGUUACACUGUCUGCAGGGAGCCAUGGCUGCAGCCGGGAAUCCUCUGAAGAGCCUCCGAGAUGAAGCUACUUGCUCCAUCUGUCUGAGUUUUUUCAAGGAUCCAGUGUCUUUAGAUUGUGGGCACAGUUUCUGCGGAGCCUGCAUCACCCAGUGCUGGGAGGGGCCAGAUGCAGCCAUCUCCUGCCCUCAGUGCAGAGAGACCUUUCCCCAGAGGACCCUGAGGCCGAACAGACAACUGGGGAACUUCGUAGAAAUCGCCAAGCAGCUGAGUGUCCCAGCAGCAGAAGCAGGAGGAGAUUUGUGCAACGCGCACCAGGAGCCUUUCAAACUCUUCUGUAACCAGGACCAAACUCUCAUCUGUGUGAUCUGCAGGGAGUCCCAGGCGCACCACGCUCACAGGGUGGUCCCGAUAGAGGAGGCUGCCCGGGAGCACAAGGAUCAAAUUCAAGCCCGACUGAACACCCUGAAGAAAGAGAGAGAAGAACUUCUGGAGUGGAAACAGGAUGGAGAGAAGCAAAGCCAGGAAUAUCUGGGAAAGAUAGAAGCUGAGAGGCAGAAGAUUGUGUCUGAAUUUGAGCAACUGCGGCAAUUCCUGGAGGAACAAGAGCGACUCCUGCUGGCCCAGCUGGAAGAGUUGGACAAGGAAAUUGUGAAGAUACAGGAUGAAAAUGUCACCAAAGUGUCUGAGGAGAUUUCCCAUCUCAGUGACUUGAUCAGUGAGCUAGAAGAGAAGUGUCAGCAGCCAACAAGUCAAUUCCUGCAGGACAUCAAAAGCACCUGGAGCAGGUGUGAGAUGGUGAAGUUCGAGAAACCAAUGGUUGUGCCAGAGGACCUGAGAGAGAGAGUCGGCGUCUCUUCUCAAAGAAAUGUUUGUCUAAAGGAGGCUCUGAAGAAAUUCAAAGAGACCCUGCCCUAUCAACUGAACUUUCUGAUUUCAAAGGCAGAGAAAGAGGUGCAGGCCACUCCGGAUCCAGACCUGGCAAAUCCCUGUUCCGUCGUGUCCACAGAUCAGAGUGUGUUACAGAAAUACCAAGACACGGGAUAUUUAGUGCCACAGAACAGGUUUUAUCCUGCUCCCUGUGUGCUGGGCUAUAAGGGCUUCACCUCAGGGAGAUGUUACUGGGAAGUGGAGGUGGGGAACAAAGAUGACUGGGUUUUGGGCACUGCCAAAGAGUCUGUGAUACACGAGGGAGCGGUAAGCUGUACACCAGAGGAGGGGAUCUGGGCUUUGCAGAGUACAGGGAAUGAGUACUGGGCCCUCACCUCCCCUAAGACUGCUCUGGGCCUAUAUUGUAGCCCCAGUAAAAUUGGGGUUUAUCUGGAUUAUGAAGAGGAGAAAGUUACAUUUUAUGACAUUACAUCUUCUGGCACAGAGCCAAUCUUUACUUUCACAUCCUCUUUCACGGGGAAGAUCAUCCCCUUCUUUGGGAGCCGGCGUGUCGAAUUUCUGAGAAGGUUACGGGAAGGCAUGGCAGUACGUGGUCACUGGCAAGCAUACCGUUAA